AAUAAGGAACUACGUUUGUCCUAAAUUUGCUACUACUUACUGCUUAGUUUUUCUUGCUUUUCUAUUGUUAAUAGUAUCAAGUUAAUUAAUAACAUCUUGCAUAGUUACUUGUAGCAACUUUCAUGAAAAGUAUUUAGAGUAUCGUUGUGGUUAACUGAGGCCUUAUUGAGCUUAAGGGUAGAGAACAGGAAACUAAUAAACCAGAAACAAAGACACCAAAAUUAUUUCAGCUUAGACUGUCAGUGCAUGGGUAUAUUAUACAUUUAUAGAAUAUAGAUAGAAACCUUCUCUUUUAAGUGUAUAGUAGCACAUUUAGGACAAAGAUAUUUGAUUAGAUAUUUGAUAAUUAUUAAAUAUAAAUAUCCUUAUCCUUGACCUUUAACCUUUCUAUUAACAAAAUAAGUUGAUGAUAGCAUUUCCUUUAUUUUGAGUAUAUAUUCCAAUUUGAAAAGUGAGGAUGCAUAAAACAUUUUUAAAUGAAAAUAUAUUCCAAUCCUUACAGUAGCCAACAAAAUUGUGAUUACUGAUUAAUAAUGACAACAAUGUUUUAAUUUAUAAUAAUUUUUAGUGCUGGGCAAAGAUUAAAGGAAGAGUUCACCAUUUGUUGCAUGACGCAGCUUAUGUCGUAUGUUGAAUCAGAAGACAUACAAGAAGCCGUAACUCUGCACUCAGUCAGUCAGUUAUUUACGUUAUAAUUUUAAAACUAUAAAUAUUUUUGUUAAAAAAACCUCCAAUCUGCUUCAGAGGACAUGUGAUAACUCCCCAAAGGCGUAUAGGUUAGUUUUACAUCACAGUGCACGUGGAUAUAUUCAAUUUACUGAGCUUUAAAAUAAUUACCAAAAAUUGGGAAAAGCCAUGAUAAAUUUUCUAAAAACUCUGACUGUGCUCAUCUGAAAGAAGAAAGGUCAUAUGCACCUAGGAUUGUAUGGGGUGAGUAAAAUAUAGGGUAGUUUUCAUUUUUGGGUGAACUGCUGUAUUCCUAUAAUAGCAAAUAAUCGUAUUCAAAAUAAUAUUUUUUGUGUAAAUAAAAUAUGUGAGUACUUUUUAAUAUUUAUUAUGUAUAUAUAAAUACACACACUUAUAUAUUAAAAAAACUAUGUUGUGUUAAUAAUGUAUAACAAAUACAAAAAAAAUGCAUGUGUCAUAAGGCCUUUGUGGCUAUGCGCUUCCUUCUUCAAUUCUGCGAGGUUUUCGAAACAUUCAGCUAGUGGAAAGGAGGCAGAAGAGGGCAGCAGCACUGCAGCAGCUUACACCUUUCGUAACCUCGCUGCACAGACGAGCUGAGAAAGCAAUCCCUUGAAACUACUCUACUGUAAGGGACUCUUAAUCUCCACUUCAAACUUGCUCCUCGUGAUGAGGGCAAAACUCUGGAGCAAUUCAUGGAAUCAGCCAUCCGUAUCGACAAUCUGAUGUGUUCUUGACACACUUGGCUAUUCCCAGCUUCCAAUUUUAAUCUACCAUUUUACAUAAGAACCCAUAUGUAGUUUGGGGAAUGGAUGGAGGAGAGAGAGAAAUGCAUUCGCAACCACCUCUGUCUGUACUGUGGCUAGUCAAAUUCUCCAAUGGUCUGAAUUCUCCCAAAAAAACUGUCUCACCUCUGUUCCCAGAUUGUUCACUUCCUCAACAUAGGAGGAAACCAAAACUCUUCAACUCUCAGACUUGCCUGAAACCUUCACCACCCAGACCUGCUUCCAAACUUCCACCUCAUAGACCCAGUGACUGUACUAUUGACCUUAUCCCCGAAGCAACACUGCUCAAGGGCAGAGUCUUCCCUCUCUCACAACCACAAUCAGAAACCAUGAAAUCUAACAUAACACUCAAAUUCCAUUACCCACUGCCUGUAGUUCCAACCUCUUUCAAACAACUGCACAAAGCCAAUUAUUUCUCCAACUUAUAUCUGAGGGCUUACAACCUAAUCAGCAUUCGAGAAGGGGAAGAAUGAAAGACUCUACCUCAUCUGGGCACUAUGAACACCGGGUUAUGCUCUUCAGAAUAGCAAACAGUCCUUUUGUGAUCCACCGUUUAUAUUGACGACAUCCUGAUUUACAUCCUGAGGACAGCACUUGAACCAGUUUGGACACCCGCCAGUGAAAAAGCUUUCCUUCAUCUUACUGCAUUAUCCCAGUCUGGACCUGGAAUUCAUGGUAGAGGUGGACAGCUCCAAUACAGGGAUUGGAGCGAUGCUCUCACAAUAGUAAUCGACCUAAACUAUUUCAUGUGCCUUCUUUUCUCUCAAGCUAAAUUAGUCUGAGAGAAAUUAUGAUGUGGGGACAGAGAGCUUUUGGCCAUGAAGGUCGCUUUUGAGGAGUUGGUGACAUUAGUUGGAGUGGUGAAACUCAUGCUAACUGACCAUCGCAAAAUGGGAUAUAAAAGGUCACCCAAAUGCGUAGCAACCCCAGACAAGCUAAAUGGUCUCUUUUUCCUUUGCCCCUAUGAGACAGAGUAAUGCAAUAAGUCUACAACUCAGCCUGUGCUGGACACCCAGGUAUCAGCACUACCAUUCAACUCCCCUUUAACCAUUUCUGGUGGCCAUCUCUACAGUCAGACAUCACUAAAUUUGUUCAGAAUGGUAAUAUGCGCAAUAUCUACAAAAUCAGACUGGAGCCGCUUUUUGCUUUGGACCAAAUAUGCUCAAAAAACCCUCCAGAAACCAGCCACCAGACAAAGCCCCUUUCAAUGUGUUCUUGGCUUUUAACCCCCUCUAUUUCCCUGGUCAGGAGAGACAUCACAACAAGUUACUUGCAGUCAAUCACUGGCUACAGAGAAGCUAGCAGACAGAUUUCUAUUUCAGAACAUGUUCCAACUUCGCUUCUGGACAGUGGGUGUAGCUCUCCUCCAGAAACCUUUGGUUUUGACUUCCCUGCAAGAAACUUAGUCCCUGCCCGCCAGUGGUCCGAGAGGAUGGAUCAUCGACAUCAACUCUUAUCAUCAUCAACAGCGAGGAGGCCUAUCAUCUUAGACUCGCAAUGCCAUGGCAGGGUGCUACAAUACCUCAUUGACUGGGAGUGGUAUGGACCCAAAGAAAGAUCUUGGCAAGUGAUCAUCAUGGACCAAAAUGCAACCAAUUCAACUGAAGGACCUUGUGGCUUGUCUGAAAUGCCAGCACGUUUGUUCUUCAUAUGUAUAUACUCAGUGAUUUGUGUGGCAAGCCUGGUGCUCAACAGCAUUACAGCAUAUGUGUACUUUUGUAAAGUUAAAAAUCAAUCCAGCAUUACAAUCUAUAUGAGGAAUCUGGUUAUAGCCGACUUGUUUGUGUGCCUGUGUUUGAUAUUACGCAUUGCUAAAUAUGCUAAAACUUCAAUGGAAAUUCAGCAUAUUUACUGUAGCUUUGGUGCUCCAGCUUCCUACAUCAACAUGUACUCCAGUAUUCUUUUCAUGGGCUACAUCGCUGCAAACAGGUACAUGAAGAUCACGCGGCCACUGGAGACUCACACUCUGCAAAGUGUUCGUUCGACACGCUGCAUCUGCAUUGUGACCUGGGCAACUCUGCUGUGCUCAAAUUGUGCUUACAUUGUUCUUUUUGUCAUGGCUGAUAAACAAACUUCUGCCCACAGUGGUUUCGACUGUGACAGCUUUCAUAACAGCUUACUCAAACAGAUCUACUUGGCCUUGCAGAUCAUUUGCUUUCCAUUGUUUUUGCUUGUGCUGGUAUCCCUGAUUGUUUUCUACUGGUUGAACGUGCAGAAGCUUCGUCAAGCUCAGCGCACAAUGCCAGAUCAGCCCGGCAAUGCUAAGCUCAGCAGGUCAAAGCGUAACAUGCAAGUUCUGAUGGUGGUUUUCUGUGUGUGUUUUGUACCGUAUCAUCUGGUGAGACUGCCGUAUGUGCUCAUCAAACCCCUACUGCGGGACUGCAGAGAUGAGCAGGUUUUCUACAUCCUGAAGGAGCUGACCGUCCUGCUCGCAGUACUAAAUGCCUGCUUGGAUCCACUUAUUUACUUUGUCUUUUGCAAGACCUUCAGAGCACACCUUAAACUUCAAAGAUUCUGCAACUCAGAAUGAGAUAAAGAGCUCACGUUGUUCCAGAGUGUCUUUCUUCAGCUAAACAGAAUUGAAAAUAUUUAGAAAAAAGCGGGUAACCCAAUAGUUUGUGGUAGCCUUUGACUUCUACCUUGUUUACAUAUGCAACAACUUGAGGGUGAGUUAAUGACAGAUGUUUUUUUUUUUUUUUUUCUGAGUGAAUUAUCCAUUUAACAAAGCGGAAUUGAAAAAAAAAAUCUGUAUUCAAAAAAGAUUUUCUAAAUACUUUAUUAUCAUGUUCUUCAGAUUCUUUAGAGAAUGAUCUAAAGAUCUAAAUGAUCCUAUAAUUCCCUUUUUUCUUUUCUUCUUUAUUAAAAAAGAAUAAUAACACAAACCACUGUGUUACAAUGCCUCAUAUUCCACAACCCAGCAUGGGGUGAGAGAGGAAACCAUCUUAAAUUGUGCUUGACAAAACACAACGUCCAUAUUUAUGUCCACUUUGAACUCCCAUUGAAUCCUCAGAUAGGGAUAUCUGACAGAGAUAAUAAUAAAUUUGUAAAUGGGAAUGUGAUCUCCGUUCUUUUUUACUGUAAUUUAUUUGAUUGAAUUUUAAUGUAUUUGUUUUGUAAACUGUUUUUUUAAAGAAUUUGAAUUCAUAGUUACACGAAGUUGUCAUAUGUAAAUCUGUUUCUUUUUACUAUAAAUAAGUAAGUGCUAUUGACAUGCUAUUAUACAUCUAUUAUCGUUUUUGAUCAAAUUAUUGUAAUCUUGCUGAAUAAAAUGUAGUUAUAUUCAUUGUUGCGUCAUGAUUUCCAGGGAAAUGUUUGUUCAUUCUUCAGUGUAAUUUUUACGAAUAUGAAUGUGCUGACAAUAAAGCUCUUGAGACAAAGUUGAUGCUUUAUUGAAACUCUAUUGCCUCCAAUGAGCAAUGAAAGAGCAAUCAGAUUGUCCCAUGUGUUAUGGCGGAGGAAGCUGUUUGUGUACAGAGUACAUGAGUGGUAGGAAACUCCUGCAGUGCUGAGCAAGUGUUAACCCACGAGACAAACCCAGCUACUCUUCAGUUCCUGUAUCAAUGUCAACACCCCCUUCCUCUGAAAUAUCAUGUGAGGCUCAUCUCAACACGCUUCUUCUUAUUCUGUAUCAUGAUACAAGCUGACACAACUCUUCAAAUAUGGAUGACAUCAAUACUACACAGACAGAAUCAAAAAACAGCACGAACGUCAGCAGCGUGUUCACACAUCAGGUUCUUCCUGUGCUCUACACCAUCAUCUGCCUUUGCGCUUUUAUCCUCAACGGACUCGCCGCUUGGAUCUUCUUCAGGGUUCCCACCUCCUCGGCCUUAGUAGUUUACCUCAAAAACAUGGUGGUGGCGGACAUCUUGAUGUUGUUUAGCUACCCGUGGCGUGUAGUGGGCGAUCUCGGUUAUGGCGGCACGCAAUUGAAGCUGAUAGUUUGCCGCUACACAGCUGUGCUUUUCUACCUCAGCAUGUACACAGGAAUAACCUUCAUGAGCCUCAUCA